UACAGAUACGGUCUCAUAAAAUAAAUAAAAAAGAUCAAGCUGUGGGCCAAGGAAAACCAGAGAGAGAGGGGUCUUCUUCUCGAUCCUAGCCUAGGGUUCGUGCUCGGCGGCGGCGGCGAUGGCGCGGAAGAGGAAGACGGAGGCUCCGCCGCGGCUGGACGAGGCGGACCGCACGCUAUACUCCACCUUCUGCGGCGCCGCCAACUCGCUCUCCCAGCUCUACUCCCAGGCCAUGGCGCAGCAGAAGCAGUCCUUCCACGCCGGCGAGCUCCACGCCCUCGAGAAGCUCUCCCAGUGGAUCACGAGGAAGCAGGAGGAAGAAUCGAGGUUGACGGUAACUGAAAUACUGGCUCAUAUACAGCAUGAGAUGGACUAUGGAGGCAGCAGUGACGCACAAACGGCCCCAAGAUUACAUCAGUACCCUCAGAGCGCAGGGCAGUUUGCCAACUCAAGCGGCCAACUUUCCGUUGGUUCACAUGGACAGGGAUCUGGGCUGGCUCCUCGGGCCAGCAACAGCGAUCAGUCGAAGAAUCCCACCUUGUUCUCAAACGCCCUGUCCAGCCCAGUCCGCCGGAGCCUCCAGAGCUACCACCCAACUCAAGGAGCGGCUGGAAUGGGAAACCGGAGUGUCGAGGCCAACUCCACCAGCUCGAACGACACCACGAUGGACAUGGUCUCAGAUAGCGUGGCGAACGAGUACUGCUGAAGUGGUCCAUAUGGUGUCACAACACACAUGAUGCAUGACAGGAGCCCUGGCAGUGUCUGUCUUUACUCUUGUGAGGAUGAGGAUGAUGAUGUGUUUCAAUCUCUGUCUGCCCCCUCUAAACCUCACCAUCACCAUACUCGUGUGUCGUGUCAUAAAUUAAGUUUCGACCGGCGAGUGGUUCUCUCUCGCCGUGCGUGGCAUUGUAUUUUUGUUCAAAACCUGCUGUGCAGUGUUGGAGAAAUAUAUAUGCAAUGAUCACAAUGUUAUAUCUUUCUUAAAGGUGUAACCAAGGAAAUCUUAAACAAAAUAAGUGGAUGUCUCUA